AAUACUUCUUUUCUUUCAUUCUCCCAAAUUCUUUUGUCAUUCCAAGCCAAAAAUCCCAUCCAAAAUUCAUAGUAUGAUCCAUGGAGAGCUUGAAUGCACCACCGGCGGCAUCGACAGGCACUUUUUUUACUCCAUUGAUGAUUUCCUUGCUAGGAAUAAUUGCAACAUCCCUAGCCAUAAUAGUCUACCACUUCGUCUUGGUUAGAUACUGCCUGAGGCGGCAAGGAACCACCACCACUGCCGCCGCGCCACCUGUCUGUGAAGCCCGUCCGACCGGCGUGGAGGAGAAAGUCCUCGAAACAAUCCCAGUUAUGGCUUACUCAUCUCUAAGAAAACAGAAUUUGGAUCAGAGUGAAUGCGCCGUUUGUUUAGGCGAUAUGGAAGAUGAAGAUAUGGUGCGUUUGCUUCCUAAUUGUAAGCAUGCAUUUCAUUUGCCAUGCAUAGAUCAAUGGCUUAUGGCGCAUGUAAAUUGCCCUCUUUGUCGAUCCACCAUUGUUGCUGAAGAAAAAGAAGAAGAUGAUGAUAAAACUGCUACUGCAGUGCCAUUGCCGGCCAUAGAAAAUACCACCAGAAAUAAUAGGAUUUCUUCUGGAAAUUAUCAUGUUCAUGAAAAUACAAGUACAAUAGAGAACGGUUCUUCAUCUGCGGUGCAACCUUCUGCUCUUCUUCGCCAUUGUUAUUCACUGGUAUUGCCAAUGGAAAGGAGAUCACCAUCAACUUUGUCGUUGCCAUCGAGGGGUUUAAUAAUGGGAUUGAAUAGAUCUUUGUCCAUGGAUCAGUUUUAUGUUGUCGUUAAUAUAGAAAGGGAGAGUGAAAGGGGUUGUUCAUCUUCAUCUUCUUUAAGAGCAGAGCUCAUGAGGAGUAGAUCGUAUCGUGGGUAUACACAAUCAUUAAGGCAUUUUGAUCGUAUAUCGUCCAAGUUAUUGAGUUCGUUCUCACGAUUGCGCGUAGGAAAGACAAAUGGGAUUCUUCCAUACUAAAACAUUUUUUUUUUUAUAUAAUUUUUAGUGAGUUUGAUUAUAGAUGAUGAAUUAGGUUGUAGUCAGCAUAAAUAAGGCAAGGGAGCCUGGGUACGAUACUGUUUACAAGAAAAGAUCGCCUCGAUAUGUUUGAUGGACAAAACUUUUUCUUUAAGAGAAUUCACUGUGAUCCCGCUCCCGGCCCCUCUCCUGCAU